AUGAAGGAGGCGGCGGAAGCUCCGUCGCCGGCCGCCCCCGCCCCCCCGGAGAAGAGGAGGGCUGCCGCAGAAGGAAUUCCACCACGAAGAAGAAAGAAGAGAAGGAAGCUCGGCCCUCCUUCGCCGCCGCCGCCGCCGCCGUCGGAGAAGAAAACGAAGGACGAGGAGGCUCCGCCGCCGUCCCCCGCCGCUGCUGAUGACGCCGUAGAAGGAUACUACGCCGGCCCGCCGCCGUCGCCGACGAAGAAGGACGCCCGCCGGUCCGCCGCUGCCGACAAAGAAGAAGAAGAAAGAAGAGGCGAUGUCGUCACCGUUCUCGCCGGCAAAAGUACCCGAGGUGCUGCCGGUGCCCUCGCCGCCGCCUCCGCAGCGUCUCUGCCGCUGUCGUGGCUGUUGAUGAAGAAGGGGGAGAAUGGAAAGAUUAUGGUGAAAGAAGAAGGUGGAGGAAUUAAGGGAAGGGAAGAAAGAGAGGAAAAAUAA